AUGGACUUUCACAUUCGGCAGUAUCUGACCAGAGCGGCGUCACAGAAAGAUACGGAUGCUUUGAGGAAAGCAUACGACAUGAUCAAAGACGGCACCAAGGAAAAAGUAGACAGCAGUUGUUUCUGCCCUGACUUGUAUGUCCUCUGUGCAGAGCAAGCCUUCCAGCUGGGGUGCGCUGAGAUCAGUGAAAACUGUCUAAUGAUGUACUUUAAAGCAAAACCUCCAGCCAAUCAAUUCCUCUGCCGAGCAUACCUAUGCCAGGGUCAGCUCAGCUCUCCACAGACUUUCGAAAGAGUGGAAGACAUUGAAAAGGCAGUGAUGCAUUUUCUGAAGGCUAUUGAGAUUUCAAAAGAGCAGCCCAGAUACUACUUUUUGGUAUUCAACGCCUCUGUGCUCUAUUUCCAACUGAUCCGACCUUUCCUCCGGCCGGGCCUGCGUCCUUGGCUCGUGCCAGCAUUGACGCAGGUGGUGAAGGCCCUGGAGGAGGUGGGAGACACCGACUACAGCUGGAGGGCGGAGCUCAUGCUACACCUUGUGGAAUGCCUUGUGGAAGCUGGAAAAGUGAAAGAGGCCGCCAGUUUGGCCAAAGUCACGUCAGACUUUAUAGAAGCACACACACCUGAGCUCUUUCCCAGGAUUUUCUACUUACAGGUGCGGCACAAACUUCUGGACUUUUCCAAAAUUCCCAAGAAAACUGAGGAGAGCGUAGCGUUAUCAGUGAUUUACAAAAUGCAGAAACUCAAAUACCAGGUGGAGACUGGGGAGGCCAGAAGAGAUGAUGGUACAAAGCUGAGAGAGAUCUUCCUCCUUCUGAUAAAUCCUGCUGCACCCCAACCCCCCAGCAAGGCGCAGGGUUCGAGCCCUGGUCUGGCACAGAGAGACUCUCCCAUGACACCAGCAGAGAGGGUCGCAUUUCUACUUGAGUUGGCUCACCUGGCCCUGCAAUUAAAUCAACACCAGACGACAGCUGAUUGUUUGAGGGAGCUAAAGAGAGUGGGAGUCACUGAUGUUGGACACUUCACUUUGGUGGAAUGUCUGAAGUGUGAGCUAGACCUACACAAACGAGCGGCGAAAAUCACGGAGUACAAGAAAAGUGAUGUGGAGUCACAGCUGAAGGUGGUCUGGAAGCUGGACCAGUUGCUGCAGAAUGCGCUGCAGGGGGGCGGGGCAGGUGCUGUGCAGGGGGUGUGCGCCACGCAGUGGAACGCCUGUCUGCCCCUCCUCCAGCACAACCUGAGGAAAAGUGUCAGGAAGCCUCUGCUCCGACUGGCCCAGGCCCUGGAGGACACAAACAGCACGUUGCUGGAGCUGCGGUGUCAGGUCCACAGUGAGGUGAGUGUGAUAGAGGCAGAGGAAGACCGUCUGGAGUCAGCCACGGAGCACGUGCAGAAGGCGCUGCGUCUGGACGAGAGGGGGGUGUACCGGGAGCGCCUCUCCACCGCCCUGCACCUCCUGGAACUGCGCGGCCUGCUGUACGAGGCUCCGCAGCGCAGUGAGGACCAGGCUGCACUCCUCAUCGAGCAGGCUAAGACGGUGAACUCAAAGUCUGACAUGAGGAAGGCGCACCCCAUGCUGGUGAAGGCUGGUCUAGCUCUGGCACCUGAUGCAUUUCAGGUGGUCCUUGAUGCAGACAACACAGCCAAAGGUAAACACAGGUUUUCUUGGUCUUAUACACACUCCCCUCCAGACAACAGUGGACAGGGUGUGGUCGACCAGCUCGCUGCAAGGGCUCAACACCACAUCAUGUGUGUCCAGAAGGCAGACGGACACCUGAAGAGACAGGGGGUCAAAAACGACCGAGAGAGUGUGAGGCUUUGGGCUGAGUUGGUGAAGACAGCCCGGAGGCUGGAGGCCUGGGCCGUGUGCCGUGCGGCCUGCCGCUUCUGCGUCCUCCACGAUGACGGGCGCUGGAAAGCAUCGAACGCCGACCGUGAGUAAUACCGAAAGGGCUGUGAGAAGAAGGAGGACGAGAGCGCGGCGGAGGGGCACCAAAGAAAGAGGCGUCCUUCCGCAGGGAGGCAGAGCUACAGCACAGAGCGCGAUCUGCUCCGCCUGCUGGCCGAGGUCCGCUUCAUCAACGCGGAGGCCACCGUGCACAAGUUGCGCUCAGAAGGCGUGCAGCUCAACGACGCCGCUGUGCCGCCCCCGCGCCGAGGGAAACAGCCAGCAGGGGGCGUCUCCACACAGCUGGAGGAGAGCCCACUGUGGGUCAUAUACAGAGACUGGGUGCAGAAUCUCUCCGCGUACGCCACCUCCAACUUCCUGCGUGCUGCAGAGCUAGGGGCAGAGCUAGGCGAGCCCUGGAUCAUCUCCAACGCAGCAGUGUACCUGUGGAACUACAACAGCCACAUCCUGGCCUCUGGGGGACAGCGGCGCCUGCUGGCCACCUUUCAGACGCUCGUAGACCUGCUGAAGCAGACAGGACAUGCUGGGGAGGUGCAGCUGCUGGUUCUGCUGUGUAAUGCGGUGGCCCAGGGUCUGAUCCAGCCCUGGACCCCGGACAUUGAGAGGGCCCAGCCGCCCAGCAGGCCCGGUCCAGAGAGGCAGGAAGGCGAGAGGGGCCAGCCUCCCAGCAGGGCCAGGAAGGGGGCGGAGAAACCAGGCGGCGCUCACGGGCCCCUGGUGGAGCCAGGAGCAGUCGAGGACGUGAGGAAGGCUCUCGAGCUGUGCGAAUAUGCGCUGCGGCUGACCAAUGGCAACGCGUCGACGGACGCUGUGCCGAUCGCAGCGCGGAAACAGGUCGUCGCCACGUGGGUUCGGACCAAGCAGCUCCUCCAGCAGCAAGUCGGGCAGAAGCUGGAUGUUGAGGACGAGAGUAAGAGUGAAGAGGUGACGGCCAUGACUCGUGUUUUGGUUGGAAUCGAGAUGCUCCUGUGUAACAGCAGCUCCAGGUUAAUGGAGUUCUCUGCUCCCAGUGUGGCUGUGCUGGUCAGAAUGGCAUCAGACUGCAGGUGGACAGACCCCCUGGUGGAGCUGCAGGUGUGGACAUACCUGGCACACUUUGCCCACCUGGCCCAGGAACAGCAGCUGGUGAUGACCUGCUCCCAGAAGGCACUGCAGUUGGAGGCUGUUGCUCUCAAUAGGGUGAAAGUCACAUCCUGCACUCUGUACAGCUAUGAGCAGGUCCAGGAGAUGCUGAGUGCUGUUGCAUGUUUGAGGGGUCUGACUUUGGUCCAGACCUCCCUUGGCCACCCUGACCACUACACAAAGGCCCUCCAUACUCUGCAGUCCAGUGUCAGCUAUGCAGAAAAGGCCGGAAGCUACACUCUCUGUUUGGUGGGGGCCCGGCACUACUGGAACACCUGCCUGCCCUUGCUGGAACACCCCCAAGAAAGAGAGCAGCUCCAGGACUCUGUGGAGAAGAUCCUGAGAGCCAUGACGAAUACCAGCGCUAAAGACAGAAAGGAUGAAGGGAAGAAAAGACCUACAAAGACGACACUGGCGACUGACCGUUCUCUGGGCGCAUUGAUGACAGGCCAGGAGGCUGUAGGUGAAGGGGGCCCCGAGGAUGACCUUACCCUGAGGGCCGCCUUCUAUGGCCUCCUCUUCAGUAUCCAUGCCGACAGAGGUGACUGGCGGACCGGGCUGCGGGUGCUAGACCAGGCGGUCAGGGAGAUGCCACGGACCAGGCACAGGCUGCUCCUGUUUAAACAGCGCGUGGUGGCGAGAGCCAGGCUGGGGGAGAACAUCCUGAUGGACAUGCAGAAGUUUGGGGAGGAGGGCGAGGAGUGUUUGUCCCGCAUGUGGCACCGCGUGGCACAGGGCUCCACAGAUCCAGCCCAGAAGCUGGCCUGCUACCAGAACGCCAUCACAUCCCUGCAGAGUCCCAGCAGCCUGUGGCAGAAGAUUGAGUACCUGCUGGAGUUCGGUCAGUGGCUGUACUGUACCCACUUCCCCAUGGCGGACGCCCUGCACCAGAUCCACUGGGCAGAGGAUAUGCUGCUGCACAUGGAGGCUGGGGAUCAGCAGGGCCAGAUGGAAGCGGAGUUGAUCCCUGUGAAGUGUGAGCCCCAGAUUGGUGUGCGGGGUGCAGUUUCCACCCCGUCACUGUGUGAGCUGAGGGACGUGAGGCGGCUGGAGGGGCUGGUCAGAGCCCACACCCUGCUGGCCACCAUGCUGGGCGGGGCCGGCCCCCAGCACCGGCAGCACUGCCUGCUGGCCUACAGCUGCGUCCUGCGCAUCUGGCAGGUGUCUUUGGUGACAGCGGGUGAAGUGAUCAGGGAAGUGGCAGAGAGUGUGCCUCUCCUCCUUGCUCAGGCUCCACCAUCAGCAACAUCAAAGAAAGAGAGAGGGAAGAAAUCUAAAGAGCCUCCCCUUCUCCCUUCAGCUGAGGAGAAGCCCAAAAGUAAGGUUCCAGUGGACGUCCUGCCCACCAGCCCAGAGGAGUGGGCCCUCUAUGACUGCCCCCAGGAGGUCCGGCAGGCCUUCAAGCGUGACAGAAGCCCUUAUUGCAUUAACCAGCAGAGCUUCAGCAGGCAGACUCAGACGCUUUACUUCCUGGACCUGCUUGUGAAGGAGAUGAGGUCAUCGGGUCUGACCCACCUGACGCUACCCGUCCUUCACCUCGCUGAAGUUGUCGCCCACGACCUGAUGGACAGCACGAGUCUCUCUGACCUCUACUCUCUCAAGAUUUCAAGGACCUGCUCCCAGCUGGGUUUGAACGCGCCUGCGUCAUACCACGAGAAACGCGUUGGCCCAGCGUUCGUCUACGAAGAGGAGCGGAUGAUGUGUCGGAAAGCCAUUGCUUUGCUGAAGCAGAAGGGCCGCUCUGAGAUGAGCCGUGACAGCGGUUGGACAGAUGGAACUAGAGACUGCACUGAGGCUGUAAUGGACAGCAUCAGUCAGGCUGGCAGGAAGCUGAGUGGACCUUGUGCGCAGGACAUCUGGCUUGGAAAGGCUGAAAUAUUACUCGAUAUGGGUCAGUACCAGCCAGCCAGAGUUUUGCUAGCAGAGGCCCACUUGGUUGCCAAGGAGCUGAGAGACAGGUUUGCUGAAGCAAAGAGCUUGCUUCUCCUCGCUGUGCUGGCCAAUAAGGAACAGAACCACGACCAGGCGCUGGCUCUGCUUGGGGAGGCCCAGAGCAUCGGCGGUGACAAGGACUUCUGGCACCGUGUGACCCUGUGCCUGGUGAAAGCCACUAUGGGUGGGGCAGGCCAGGAUAAGGAAGCACAGGCAUGUCGGAUGCUGGAGCACACUGCUGCUGUUCUGAGAUCAGCGCUGGAGGAGAAACCAAACAGACGUCCAGUUCUGAGAUUCUUGGUAGCAUCCCUGGACACCGGGAGAGCAGUAUUGCAGGUGCAGUCCCUAAAGUUUCCUGCAUCUGGAGUAGUGUUGCACAGCAAAUCUGUGAAGACGCUGAUGGCAGCCUGUGACACACUGAGACAAACUGCCAACGAGUUUUCCCAGUUGGGAUACCAAGAGGAAGGGGCAGAGGCUUUACUGGAGCAGGCCAAGGUGCUUAGAAUACUCGCCAAACACACUGACAACAAGGAGGUUAAACAGCGCCACCUUCUGGACUCGUACUUCCUGAUGCAUCAGGCUGUUAACAUAGAGGAAGAGGUGAUGCUGACGGCCCUGAGUUUGCUGCCACCUCAGGAGACUCGAACCCUCAGCCUGCCUGCCAUGAGGAAGCUGGCCCGCUUCAGACUGGCCCUGGUGGGUCUGGCACUGGACAUGCUGGAGCAGGUGUGCGUGGAGGAGAAGGAGCAGGCCCUGGCCCGGGACAGGAAAGCCUCCGUGGAGAAAACGGUGGAGGACUUUGUGCGGAGCACACCCGACCCGUCGUCUCUGCGGCAGGAGUGGCUGAGCACAGGCCGAACCCUGGGCCAGGUGGUGCUGACCCAGCUCCAGACUGUGUUCAGUCUCAGUGCGGAAUGCGCGGAGACAAGAGCCAUGUCCCUGUGCAUGAUGGGAAAGUGCCUACGUCUGCUGGCCGUACAGAGGGACCCCCUGCACCUCUCCACACAGUGGGAUAUUGGAGCCAGGGUGAUGACACCUCCAUGCACUGCUAAUCCAGGAACAGAGGAAAUCAAGAUGGAGCAAAAACAAUGCUCACGAGAAAAGGAGGAGAGGCCGGCGGAGAAUAAUGAGCCAAAAGUUACAGAACAGCGACAGAGUCCAUCCAUGUCUGCUGAGUUGCAGGCAAGGCGGAGCACAGCCCAGCAGCUGUUGGCCCAGGCGAGUGAGACUCUGGCCCAGGCUGUUGGCCUGUGUCUUCAGCACAAGUUAACCCCUGUCCUGACAGAGGCCUGCCUCAACAUGCUUGAGUGUUACGGCCAGUUUGACCCCAGAGCCGCCAGUCAAUAUCUGGCCUUGUACCAGAGCUCUCGCUGCUGCGCUCUGAUGGGAGAUGUGCUGAGAGCAGCCAGCGCUGACAGCAGUGUGUCCCAGCUCUCCGCCCUGCUCAACCUGCACACUAAUCUGCUGGCUGCGAAGCAGGAAGGGGAGGGAGCCAGCAGCCUGCUGGAGGCUACCGAGAACACACUCGCUCACCUCUCCAAGGCUUACACCCACCUUAGCAUUAAUCCAAAUCACCUGAGCAUUCUGAGUGAGCUCCCGUCCAGCUUCAAGCUUCUGCUGCUCCAGCACUCUCAGGAUGGAUCUGUCCUCUAUGGGGCCUUUAUAGAGAAGGCGAAACCAGCUGAGAGCCAUAGAGGAAAGGGAACUCAGCUCGCUGGUGUGCUGGUCAACAGCAGGGUUGCGAAGGUCAGCGUUUGCCCAGAAACUCUCACCAGCCUCCGGGACCGUGCCCGCUCCUUCGGACGGGAGACGAUGCAGGCUCUGAUCAGGGACGAGAUCAAACGCGAUGGCGCUGGGGGCGCGCCGUGGGGCGACCCCGCGCCUGGCGGACGAGCUACGGCGGCACUCUCGGAAAACGGGGCAGAAAAUGAAAUUGCAUCUCAUUUUGAGGCUAUUGUGCAAGAGAUGGAGGGGUACCUGCAUCCCCUUCUUUCUCAGUUUGCCCUUUCCAGUUUAAGGUUGCAGUCCCCCACCUUGUCCCAAGCUGAGUGCACUAAGCCCAGAGACAAGGAAGAGAGAUCAGCGAGCGAUAAAGAGCUCUCUCCGGUGGACUCAGGUGCGAAUGUAGUUUUGCUGGUGGACAGGCUGCUGAUGGAGCUGCCUCUCGAGGCUCUCAGUGUCCUGCAGGAGGAGGGAGUGAGCUCUGUGUCCCGGGAUUUCUCUCUGCAGCUUCUCCACUCACGGCUGCAGAAGGAGGACCCAGUUGAAAGUGAUACCAGAAAAGAGCUCAGAGGAGCGAAAGGAGGGAGGGCGAGGGGAGAUCAGAGCAAAGCCUUCAAAGUGGUCCCCGUGAACCGUGUGCUACCUCCAGACUCCCUCCCUGUGGACACACACGGCUUCAGAUAUGUUAUAGACCCUUACAAUGAAGCAGGAGAAAAUGGUUGGGGCAGUCCAGUGGAUGGAAUGAGGCGAAUCUUGGAGGCAUAUGGACAGCAGAUGACCCCUUUCUGGGAUGGGGUCCUGGGCACCGAGAACAUCCCCAGUCUGGCUGAACUUGAGCACCUGUUGACUAACUGCAGUGCUUUCAUCUUCAACGGAACAGAGCGUUUCCUGGGAAACAUCCCACCCUCCAAGAUAGCUUCUCUGAAACUUUCAGAAUGCCAGAUGGUCAUCCUCUUUGACCUUGCUCAGACCAGCGUCAGUGCACUCAGGCAGUCAAAGCUGGAUGUGCAGAAAAGCGCGGGACAGCUGGCUCUGGAGGGGCCCCUGGAAACCGCCAUACUCCUGAGUCUGAGUGGAGUCCGCUGCGUCAUGCUCAAUCAGUGGCACAGCACCCUCCAGAGGAACACCCGCAACAUGGAUGCCCUCUUGGAGAGUCUCCUAAAGGUGGGCAUGACGUCUGGCCAGGCCGUCCAUGCACUGCAGCGGGGCGGCGCCCAGAGCUCGGAGUCAGAGGACGGGGCGGGGCAGGUCAGCGAGGUCGGCCAUAAAGGUGAGACUGAAGUGCUCACCCUGCAGCGUGCCUGCUUCCAGCUGGACAGGGCGAGGCGAACACAGGAGCGAGAGGCCCAGGAGACCAUCCGCAGACAGAGGGAAGAGGCCCAGGCCAGAACACUCCGCGCUCAUGACCAGCAAGCAAAAGACUCCGAGCAUCACAACAGCGAAGUGAGAGAGAUUCAGAGGGAGCUGAGCCACGCUGGGAAAGUGGAGCAGUUCCUGCAGGAGAAGACCAAGGAACGGGAGCGUGACCGGAAUUUUCUCAGCGCCGAGGAGAAGAGAGAGGCACGGGAACGUGAGCACAGAGUGGAGCAGAAGGUGCUGUUGAAUCAGUAUGAGGAGGCAGUGGAGAAGAUCAGUGAGAUCCUGGACCGGACCGCGAAGAGGCCCGUCCUUGGCGGCCACCGGCGGAGCCAUGCAGCGGACCACCGCACCAGUGCUGCGAGCGAGGAGGAGCGGAAACGCCCGUUGUGGGAGUCUGUCAGCAGGAGGCGAUCCACCCUGGUUUUACCGAUGUUCCGGGAGGCCGCGGCGGGGGAUGGGGAUGCAGAGCGGAGGGGUCGCAGGCUGACGGAGCACCGGAGGCGCUCCACCCUGCUGCUGGGGGCGUCUCUGGAGGAGCAGGAGCGGCUGAAGGAGCUGGCAAGGAAAGCGCUGGAGCAGCAGCAGCUGCUGGAGGGAAGCAGCCCUGAGUUCGAUGCAGAGCUCUUCUAUAAUGUCUACAUGGAGAGAGAAGAUGUGAACUUUUCCCUCUUCAAUUAUGUAUGUGAGCAGACCAGCGAGAUGGAGGACCUUACCAAAGACAUCCAGCAGCUUAAGUACAGUAUGAAGCUGCUGGAGGAGCAGGAUGCCAGGGUGACCCAGGAGCGUGGGGACAGGAUGAGAGCACUGGAGGAGACCCGGAGAGAGUGUGCCAGUUACCAGCUCUAUUAUUGGCACAUUAAAUAUGCAGGCAUUAAGGACAUGGCAGUUCAGCUGGGCGUCGACCCCGCCCAGCAUGAGGGCUCUGUGGAUUGGAUGGACGAUGCUGCCACCAGGAUGACCAUCUCCCUCCUGGGACAAAUGGAGCAGAGAAUCACAGACAUGCUGGCUGUGCGCUCCUAUCUGGCAUCCCAGGACGCUGCCAGGACUGCUGGGAAGAUCAUGCAAAUUCAUCCCAUCCUGGAAAGCUCCCUGAAGCUCCCUGACUUCAAGACUCAGCUCCCCUAUGCCAGCCCACUUCUUGACAGUGAGGAUGAGUGUGAUGAGGAAGAACUGAAGCCGCUCACCAUGGAGGAGCUGCAGCAGAGAGCUGCCAAAUCGACUCUGUCUGUCUACGCCUGA